AUGUCUUUGGCAAUCAUCACCGGAGGCGCUCAAGGAAUUGGCCGUGCUGCUGCUGUCAGAUUAAGCAGGGACGGCUUCAACGUGGGAAUCAUUGAUCUUCCAGACAAGAAGAGUGAGGCUGAGAAAACCAUAUCGCUUGUGCAACAGAACGGCGGUAAAGCCGGCUUCUUUCCUGCCGAUGUGAGCAAAAAGCCUGAAUUUGAAGCUGCAACCGAAGCAGCCAUUUCCGGUUUGGGCCAAUUGGACGUUAUGGUGAACAACGCCGGUGUCAGCAUUAUGGCGCCUCUCGAGCUCCAGGAAGAGGAGGAUAUGCAGAAAAUGUUGGACGUGAACAUCAAGGGCUGUUUGUGGGGUAUGCAGAUUGCUGCUGCUGAAUUCAAGAAGAAGCAGCACAAGGGCCGGAUUGUCAAUGCUGCUUCGUCGUUGGCACACCAGGGUAUGGCCACUGUUGGUGUCUACGCCAUGACCAAGGCAGCAGUGAAGAGCUUGACGCAGACAGCCGCCAAGGAGCUUGCUGAAUUCGGCAUUUUGGUGAACUGCUACUGUCCCGGACCAAUCAGAACGGACUUGUUCGAGGGUAUUGUCGACAGAUCGGAGAAGUUGAAGAUUGCCAAGGCGGACGAGGUGGUGGAGUUGCAGCGCAAUGGCAUGGCCUUGAAGGAGUUUGGUACUACGGAGGAGAUUGGCGAUUUGAUUUCGUUUUUGGCCAGUCCAAGAAGACAGUGGGUCACGGGCCAGAGCUACACCGCCGACGGUGGGUUGAACUUCACCUGA